UUCCCCUAGUGUCAGGCGUGUUGACGUCUGCCGUGAACAGCUGAUUAUUUGUCAUCAAACACCGCAAACAGUGAAUUAAUGCGUCUUUACUUUAUCUGAAAUAGUGUAACACCAUGGCAUCGGCGCUAACGGACAAAGUCAGAGAAAGGCGAAGUCGGGUCCUCCUUGGUCCCCUCCCGGAGGAUUUUCUCCGUAUCAGCACCUCGGUUCAGCAACAACAAGAGGCAGCGGAUCGCCAAACAGCCAUAGCACUGCACCACCAGCUAAGCGGUGGCCAACAGUACACAAAUGUCGUUGGGAGGCUCAGUAUCACUGUUGCUCAAGCUAAGCUCGCAAAAAAUUACGGAAUGACCAGAAUGGACCCCUACGCUCGGAUUCGGGUCGGGCAUUGCGUUUACGAGACGCAUACGGACCCGAACGGCGGCAAAAACCCGCGAUGGAACAAAGUUAUUCACUGUUUGUUGCCUCAAGGUAUUAAUACCAUAACGUUAGAAAUUUUCGACGAACGCUCAUUUACGAUGGACGAACUCAUCGCCUGGACGCAGUUCCAGAUCCCCCAACAGGUACUUGCAGGGGAAACCCACGAGGAUUGGUACCCAUUAAAUGGGAAACAGGGUGAAGGUGUCGAAGGAAUGAUUAAUCUCGUGUUAAGUUAUCUAGUGUUCCCUUCAUAUAAAUAUCAACCACCGGCGCCUGUUAUGGUGGUGCCCAACGUAACAGGGGGCAAUGUCACACCCUUGAAGGUGUUUACAGCGCCUCCUACUGAAGCCGCGCCUGCUUUGAGUGAAUCCGAGCUCAAACAAAUCGAGGAAAUGUUUCCAAAUAUCGAUAAAGAGGUGAUUAAGACCGUGUUUGAGGCCAACAGGGGCAAUAAAGACGGUACCAUUAAUUCGUUACUUCAAAUGGCUGAAUAAAUCAAUCAGUAAUCUCAUUUACGCCAUAAUUAAACUUUAGUUGCGGAUUCUAGUCGUAGCUUUUUAAAAUUCCAUUUUUUGUCAUUUUUUAACUCAUCAAGUGCCAAAAUUUAGCCAUGCUUUUUGGUUUGCUUAUCGUGCAAUUUUAAUUUUUAACGAUUUCUACUUGAACAUUUCCAUUGUUAAUUCCAACUACGGGGGGCUAAAAGUUUUGGGAAGGGGUUGAGUUAAAUUAAUACGAAACCGACUUUAUUUAUUUGGUAUAGAAAAUUGAGUGAUUCAGUCCUCCGUAAUUCCAACUCAUUGUUACUCAUAUUUUAUCUACCAUGUUAUGUUUAAUCGUUGUUGUCGCAGAAUAAACAACAAUAAUUGUA